AAGAACAUUUAACAUAUGGAGUGUGGAAACUGAGGGGGGAAAAGAAGAGGGAGACAGCAGACAGGGAGUGUCGAGUGUGGUUUCUAGUUUCCUUCUUUCCUAUAUACUCUCCCUCUUCUGCUACUUCACUUUCUGCCAAACCUCAAAACCUACAGUUCAACAAUCAACUACUACCAACCACAAUCAACAAAUAAUCAUAAUUAAUUCCACAACUUAAUUAAUUUUUUCUACAAUUUGGGGAAAAUUAAAAUGAGCGAGGAAGCAAAGAGAACAAUGGACGCCGGAAAACCUACCGCCGACGAUCGGAAACCAUCGUGGGCGGCAGCUGGCAAACGCAUCAUUAUAAAGAGCGCGGACAUGGCUGAUGACAUGCAGAAAGAAGCUAUCGACAUUGCCAUCGCGGCAUUUGAGAAGGUUAAUGUCGAGAAAGAUGUAGCGGAGGGUAUAAAGAAGGAGUUUGAUAAGAAGCAUGGACCUACUUGGCACUGCAUUGUUGGUCGCAAUUUCGGUUCAUAUGUGACUCAUGAGACCAACCACUUCAUCUACUUCUAUCUGGAUCAAAAAGCUGUAUUACUAUUCAAAUCUGGUUGAUUGAUGAUGUGAAAGAAUUUGUUUGAGGCUGAUGGUUAUUAGAUGAAGAUCUGUGACACCAUGAUGCUAUGAUAUAUAUGGUGACAAGCUCGUUUAUGAUGUAUGUAUACUAUAUUGGAACCCUAGCAUGAAGUUGUCUUAGGAAAACAUCCUUAUGCUUGUAUAUUACUCCCUGAAUCAUGCCUAUGCUUAUUGUCGACUAGGAUUUGAAUAGUGGACUAGUAUUUGAUUGUUAGUUAUUUUUCAUUGGGUUCAUUCAGGUGAAUGCUUAGUUGUGUUGGAGAAAUCUCCUUUCUGAUGAUUGCUUUAUUGUGCGUUACUUUGAUGGCUGA